CACGCCGGGGAUCAGGCAGGAGACGACAGGCAGGAGAGGGAGCAGAUAAAGCCUGGGCAGACGGACGGGUCAGGGCCAGGCCCAGGCGGGGAGGCAGCCAGGCCUUCCCCAGGCUCUCAGAGGAGCCACUGCUGCCUUUGUUCAAUCCUGCCACUGGACGCCCUCACUGGCCCCGAUUGCCCACCACUUGCCAUGCCUGAGGAGACCCAAGAAGACACCAUGGUGCCAAGGAUGUCAAACCAGAGCGGCAGGGGGCCACUGGCCCCCAACUACGUGCAGGAAGUGCGCCUGCAUCGAGUGGAGUCCAUCAGUGACCUACAUAGUGGAGGCUCGCUACACCCCUAUCUGACUGAAGAGGCACGGCCGUGGGACGAGCUCCUGGGUGUUUUGCCACCGUCACUGUGUGCCCAGGCCAGCUGCGGCCCUGUGUAUGGCAGGGGGGGCUUCCUGCUACUGCUCGCGCUACUGGUGCUUACUUGCCUGGCGCUCGCCAUCCUGGCUGUCUACCUGAGUGUGCUGCAGAGUGAAUCCCUGCGCAUCCUGGCACACACAUUGCACACCCAGGAGGAGACAAUACUCAAACUUCGCCUAGCCAGCCUCAGCCAGCUGCGGAGACUCAACUCCAGCGAGGCCCAAGCACCCAGCUGAGAUGCCACUUUGACCUGGGGCCUGGAGGAGUAUGUGUGGGGGUGGGGAUAAAGUGACGGCAGGCAGGUCUCUCCUCUCCUGCCACUGGCCACAUCUACACUACUUCCUUGGUAAGACCUUUGUCUAAGAACCUGAUGUGACUCCACAGCUACCUGACUCUCCUGCCCUCUUCAAGCCAGGCCUAGCCAAGGCUUCUGAUGCCCAGGCCUUCCUUUGGGUGGUCCAAGGUCAGGGGAAGGGGCACCAGCCUCCUGGCUCCUCCUGUGGCCUGUCAGUACCCUCUGGCCAUCCACAGAUGGCAGCUUCAGAAGUGUAGAAAUAGCCACUCCCACCCCCCACUGCUGUCUCCCAAACUCUGCCAGGCCUCCACGUGGGAGUCCAGCCUCAACUCUCAAAGACAGGCUGGGCUCUGAGUAGGGGGGUAGAGGGGAGAGGGGCCACCUAGAGAGACUGCCUUGGAGGACAAAGGUGA